GACACCCAGGAUGAAACGGCUGUGCUCUGGCUAGAUGAAAUUCAGGAUGGGAUUCACAGGGCUAACAAGGACACAGAGGAGUCCGAGAGGUUCUCCUUAGGAAUCCUGGCCAUUAAUGAAGCAGUGGAGCGUGGUGAUGUUAGCCAGACCCUGAGUGCCCUGCGUUCACCGGAUGUUGGGCUGUACGGUGUCACUCCAGAGUGUGCUGAGACGUACCAGCGAGAGCUGUCGGAAGUCAAAAGGAGAAAAAUAUCAGCAGGGGGCAAUGACAGCGAAUGGGUGAAGCACUGGGUGCGAGGCGGCUAUCAUUAUUACCACAACCUGCGGACAAAAGAGGGAGGAUGGGAUGAACCGGCGGAAUUUGUGCAGAACGACAGGCAGCUGUCGCGCGAGGAGAUACAGAGCACCAUAUCCGGAGUCACUGCGGCGUACAACCGAGAGCAGUUGUGGCUAACAAAUGAGAAACUGAUUACAAAACUUUCGGCUUACAACCGAGGGCGUGUGUGGUUAGCCAAUGAGAACCUGAUUACAAAACUUCAGGCUUGCUGCCGAGGGUAUCUUGUUCGCCAGGAAUUCAACUCAAGAAUGAAUUUUUUGAAGAAACAGGUCCCAGCAAUCACUUGCAUUCAGUCCCAGUGGCGUGGCUACAAGCAGAGGAAGGCAUAUCAGAUCCGUUUGGAUUACUUGCGAGCACAGAAGGACCAAGUAGUGAAGAUUCAGUCGAUGGCCAGGAUGUAUCAAGCCAGAAGACGUUACAGAGAUCGCCUGCAGUAUUUCAGAAACCAUAUAAAUGAUGUUAUAAAAAUUCAAGCCUUUAUCCGAGCAAACAAAGCGCGAGAAGACUACAAAACCCUCAUUAACGCUGAAGACCCACCUAUGGCUGUGGUUCGUAAGUUUGUCCACUUGCUCGAUCAGAGUGACCAAGAUUUUCAGGAGGAACUUGAGCUGAUGAAACUGCGUGAGGAAGUUGUAACCCUGAUCCGAUCCAAUCAGCAACUGGAAAAUGACCUCAAUCUCAUGGACAUCAAAAUUGGACUGCUAGUGAAAAACAAAAUUACACUGCAGGAUGUUGUUUCUCAUAGCAAAAAACUUACCAAGAAGAACAAGGAGCAGCUCUCUGACAUGAUGAUGCUGAACAAACAGAGGGGAGGUUUGAAAGCGUUGAGCAAGGAGAAGAGAGAAAAGCUGGAAGCGUAUCAGCAUCUGUUCUACUUGCUGCAGACUAACCCAACAUACUUGGCCAAGCUGAUAUUUCAGAUGCCUCAAAACAAAUCCACAAAGUUCAUGGACUCUGUCAUCUUCACGCUGUAUAACUAUGCAUCCAAUCUAAGAGAGGAAUACCUGCUCUUGCGACUCUUCCAAACAGCGUUGCAGGAAGAAAUCAAAUCAAAAGUAGACCAAAUACAGGAAAUCGUGACUGGAAACCCCACUGUUAUUAAGAUGGUGGUAAGCUUCAACCGUGGUGCACGUGGUCAGAACGCCCUGAGGCAGAUCCUGGCACCAGUUGUAAAGGAAAUCAUUGAUGACAAGGCACUCAAUAUCAAAACGGAUCCGGUGGACAUCUACAAGUCUUGGGUUAACCAGAUGGAGUCUCAGACUGGUGAGGCCAGCAAACUGCCGUAUGAUGUUACGCCGGAACAAGCUCUAAAUCACGAAGAGGUGAGGACCCGCCUGGAUGCCUCGAUCAGAAACAUGAGGACGGUGACAGACAAGUUCCUGUCUGCCAUUGUUAGUUCAGUGGACAAAAUCCCUUACGGAAUGCGUUUCAUCGCCAAGGUACUGAAAGACUCCCUGCAUGAGAAGUUUCCCGAUGCUGGCGAGGACGAGCUGCUGAAGAUUGUUGGCAACUUACUCUAUUAUCGCUACAUGAACCCGGCCAUUGUCGCACCGGAUGCGUUUGACAUCAUUGACCUUUCGGCCGGAGGUCAGCUGACCACGGAUCAGCGCAGAAACCUGGGUUCCAUCGCAAAGAUGUUGCAGCAUGCUGCGUCCAAUAAGAUGUUCAUGGGAGACAAUGCGCACCUCAGCAUCAUUAACGAGUACCUGUCGCAGUCGUACCAGAAAUUCAGACGUUUUUUUCAGGCUGCUUGCGAGGUUCCUGAAUUGCAGGAUAAAUUUAAUAUUGAUGAAUAUUCUGACUUGGUGACUCUCACUAAACCCGUCAUUUAUAUUUCUAUCGGUGAAAUCGUCAAUACGCACACUCUGCUGUUAGACCAUCAAGACGCGAUCGCUCCUGAGCACAAUGAUCCAAUUCAUGAGCUGCUGGACGAUCUCGGAGAGGUUCCUACGAUUGAGUCCUUAAUAGGGGAAGGGGCCGGCAGUGUUAACGACCCCAGCAGGGAGAUGCUAGCGAAGACUGAAGUUUCUCUCACACUCACUAAUAAAUUCGACGUUCCUGGCGAUGAGAAUGCAGAGAUGGAUGCGAGGACAAUUCUGUUGAACACAAAACGUUUAAUUGUUGAUGUGAUCCGCUUCCAACCAGGGGAGACGCUGACGGAAAUCUUGGAAACUCCAGCUACCUCAGAGCAAGAAGCGGAACAUCAACGAGCUAUGCAGAAACGGGCCAUUCGUGACGCUAAAACUCCCGAUAAGAUGAAAAAAUCUGUGUCUGUCAAGGAAGAUGGCAACUUAAAUCUUCAAGAAAAGAAAGAUAAAAUCAAGACAGGCCUGAAGAAGCUGACAGAACUGGGGUCAGUGAAUGCAAAGAAUAAAUACCAGGAGCUAAUCAAUGACAUCGCAAAGGAUAUCCGGAAUCAGCGCCGAUACCGCCAGAGAAGAAAGGCGGAGCUGGUGAAGCUGCAGCAGACGUACAGUGCGUUGAACUCCAAAGCUACUUUUUAUGGAGAACAAGUGGAUUAUUACAAAAGCUACAUCAAAACCUGCCUGGAUAACCUGGCCAGCAAGGGCAAGGUCUCUAAGAAACCUCGGGAGAUGAAAGGCAAAAACAGCAAGAAGAUUUCUCUAAAAUACACAGCAGCUCGGCUCCAUGAGAAGGGGGUGCUUUUAGAGAUUGAGGAUCUGCAAGCUAACCAGUUUAAAAAUGUGAUAUUUGAAAUCAGCCCAACAGAAGAAGUGGGAGAUUUUGAGGUAAAAGCAAAAUUCAUGGGGGUACAGAUGGAAACCUUCAUGCUGCAUUAUCAGGACCUUUUGCAGCUGCAGUAUGAAGGCGUCGCGGUCAUGAAGUUGUUCGACAGAGCAAAAGUGAAUGUCAACCUUCUCAUCUUUCUCCUGAAUAAGAAAUUUUAUGGGAAGUAA